AUGCCUUCCAUCGUAACUUCACAUGCGCCGCCGCCGCCUAUGCCAGGCUUCCAGGUUCCGAACGACGAUGCCAGCUACCUUAAGGGCGUGGUCGCAGACAUUCUGCAACGCGAUAACAUGCGCUUCCCAGGCGCACAACCCGUUUCGUUUGCGCGCGAACACGUCGCCGAGCUAAAGCGACAAGAAUACUUCAUGUGCGAGAAGACAGACGGCUUGCGAUGUCUCCUCUUCAUACACUGGCAGCAGGACCAUAAUGGAAACCCGCAGCCGGCGACGUACCUCAUUGAUAGGAAGAACAACUACUACCAGCUUCAGCCACCACUGCGCAUACCGUACUACAAAGACCCAACCAAUCCGGAACCAUUCCUCUACGGCACAAUCUUGGAUGGAGAACUGGUGCACGACCAAUACCCAAACGAAGCCACACCGCGCUUGAACUUCUACAUUUUUGACGCUUUAGCUGUAGAUAGCGAGAAUCUGACUGGCAAGACGCUCGACAAGCGGUUAGGCAGAUUUCAAGAAUGGGUCCUCAAGCCCUACCACAAGAAGCUCACCUCAACCCCGAACCCAGACCUCCGACCCUUUGCCCUCAAAGAAAAGAAGACGUACCCCGCAUACUCGAUACGCCAAAUGUUUGACAAUGUGCUGCCAACGCUCAAACACGGCAACGAUGGGCUAAUCUUUACCUGCAAGUCCACACGCUACGAGUUCGGUACAGACAGACACAUUCUCAAGUGGAAGCCCCCGCACGAAAACACCAUAGACUUCAAGCUGCGAAUAGGUGAAUUCCCUCUCAUGGAUCCCAUGGACGGCGAAGAGGGCCUGAUACCUGACUACGACGCCAUGCCUACGUCUUUCGAACUCCUCGUCCUGCACAACAAUUCCAACUAUGAGCGCUUCGCCAAUCUUGCCAUCACCCCUGCCGAGUGGGAAAUUCUGAAAUCCCUCGAGCAGCAGCUCGACGGUCGCAUCAUAGAGUGCUAUCGCAACCUCGACGGGCAGUGGAAAUUUAAGGCUGAUGGCGAUGGCACGCCACGCUGGAGAGACGAUAAGAAGGAUGCGAAUCACAUAUCCACCGUGAAAAGUGUUUUGGAGAGCAUCGAAAGUCCCGUCACGGAAGACAUGUUGCUCCAGAACGAAGAAGGCAUCAAGAAGGCUGUCUACACUAUUCAAGGUCGAGCAGACAAAUACCAGCCCCCAAGUCAGCAGGAUGGCGAAAGAGAUGCGAAGAAGCGCAAGUUCAACGAAACGACAUCAAACGGUGGGGCGCAUUGA